UUGUUUCUAAUUUCAUAAUAAAGAAAAAAGUAUCUCUACAGUCAUGGCCACUGCGAUGGUUCUCUCUUCUCAAACCCUAAGCCACCGUAACCCUAAUCCUUGCCUUAGCCGCCACUCUGACGGUGCUACAGCGGCUCCUCCUCGCCGACGGAAGCGAAUCCCUACGACGACGUCUCAACCUACGGUGAUCAAAUCUCCGGCGGCGAAUACUAAUCUUGUGAUGGGACAAGUCAAGAUCCUCAAACGCGGCGAGGCGUUGAGCGCGUUUAACAACAAGGAGAACAACAGUAGCUGCGAUGUUACAAGACGACCUGUUACGAAGAAGAUGGUGAAUAAUGAUGUUGAUUUGAUUGUAUCGUCGACUAAUAGACUUGGACCUGAACCAGAGACUGUGAGGAAACAGAUCGGAGCUUUUAAACGAUUGGAGAUCUUCGCCGGAGCUGGUUGCUCUAUUUCGCCGCUUCCCAGCUCUGUUCCGAUCCCAUGUUUUUUGGAGAAGAACGAUCUCGUCCUUUAGAUCUCCAAAAGAAGAGAUUUGUGGGGGGGGGGGGAACUAAACCCUAAAAUUGCAACCAGUCUUUAAGAGGCGCAUAUGUUGAAGGAUCAUGUGAAGUGAGAUAAAUUUGUUUAUCUCAGAGAAGAAAGAAGAAGAAGAAGAUGGCCAAUGUGAUCUCAAAGCUCCAAUUACAACCAAAAAACUUGGCUCUGCUCAGUGCUCUGUAUUGGAUUAGUGUAACAGUCACUAUGAUGACUCUUCUUGUAUGGCUUUUGUGUUUUGUUUUUUGAUUUUGAAGUUUGUAGUUGUUCUGAUCACAUCUCUUUCAUCCAAUAUAAUCUUUAUGGAAGACAAGAAACAAAAAAAAACUAA